AUGUCGGCAAUAUUUCGAUUUUCUCCAACAUCAAGUAUUGCAAUUGGCACAAUUUCCAAAAUUAGUGAAUUAUCCAAAGAAGGAAUUUAUUCUGCAAAUCUUCCACAAGUAAAUGAUGAAACACAUAUUAACACUAAGAUUAACGAAAAAAAUGAAAUCGAAAAACGAGAGAAAAAAGACAAAAGUCCAAAUAGUGCAAUUAUUAAGCUACUAGAGGACAAGAAAAAUGACCUUAAGAAGAACAUUGAAACUCUUUCAAUUCAAUUAAGAAGACAUAUCCAUCAAGUCGAAUAUAUAGAUUCUAGAAUUUGUGAAUUGAAAGGAGAAAAGGCAGAAUUGUAUAGCUCAAGGUUGACACCUAAUCUCAGGUUAGAUUCCGAACUAUAUCAAACAAGCUUUUCAAGACUUAGCACCACUAUAAACACCGGGAUUAACACUCCAAAUAGUGAGCUGGCAAACAGUAACGAGGUUGGAGUUCAAAGUGCUUUUUUCUCUUAUAAAAUGGAAAAAGAUUGGAUAAUAGUACCUGAAUUUAAAGAAAUUGUUUCUAGAUUAGUCAACUUCCCACACCUCAAAAACUAG